AUGUUCUGGAAUCGUUUAAGAAAAACUGACAAUUUAAUUGAAUGUGUUGCUGUUUUCAAUGUGAAUAAUACAACUGGAGAUCCUGUGCUUGAGUAUGUUUAUCCCUACGCGUAUAAUGAAGAUUUUCACCUGAAUAAACUUCACAAUUUUGUUCUCCCUUGCAGACAUAAAAGUCUUAUUUCAGAAGAAUAUACCCUGAUAUUCACAGACGCCAAUGGGAAUUUAGAAUUCUUCUUGUGUAUCUUCCUUCCUAUUUCCAAGUAUAUUGUAUGCGUUAGCAGCUGUCUACCUUAUUUUGAACUUUUACAUUCCCUAAUCACAUUAAUCAAUCAAGAGCAUUUAUACUUAACAAAGAAUAGACAAAGCAUUGAAGUUAUCCUGAGACGAUUACAUCAACAUUGUGGUGAAGCUGUCCUAGAUUUAUCUUUCCUGUCAUCGCCAACACCGCCAACAUCAUCAUCAGCUCGGAAUACAAUAAAAUCGAGUAUCCUGUUACCAGAUGCACAAACUCAGUUCUUCUACGAUCGGCACAUUUUAGAGUAUUACAAUACAUUAUCUAUUGGUAAUUGGAUUGUAAUAUUUGAGAGUUUACUUUUAGAAAAGAGUGUAAUCUUCUAUUCGAGUCGAUUACAACGUGUCACUUCCUGUCUGCUGGCGAGUUUAAGCCUUCUCUAUCCUCUUAUAUGGUAUUUAUUGAUUCCCCUUGCCUCAUUAAUCUAUACUCUACUCCCGCCUGAUUGCAUCGAUUAUGUUGGCUGUCCAACUCCCUUUGUUGCUGGUGUUCAUUCAUGUUUGACAGAGAGGAUGAAACCGUUAUUAGUACCUGGAGUUCGAGUUGUCGAUUUGGAUCAUGAUAUUGUCUAUGGGACUGGAGAUUUAGGGCUGUCUAUGCCAUCUGUUCUACGUCAUUGGUUAAUUAGACGUUGUAAUGCUUCGCAUAGUGCAAUUUUACGGCAUAUACGUUCAACAGAAAAUGUCGCUUCAACUGCUGCAUUACUUCUAGUUCGACCAUAUUUAGAAUUGAUGGCUAUUCUUCUCGGUGGUUAUCGAUCAGCACUACAACAUAAUGAAAGCUCUUCAUCAGUCAAUCUUGUACCAAUUAAUUCAGUGAAUAAUGAUACUUCAUCAAAAAGUAAAUUCGACCAACCUUGUAUUGGUGGGUGGUUUUUUGAUCGUGCAGCUUUUGUUGUUUCUUGUGGACGAGAAUUACAACCAUAUCUAACAGAACUUUUAAAUUCUCAAAUGGUCAUUCAAUUUUUUGAAUCACGUGUGGCAGUUUUAAAUUCCAAUUUGUCUGUUAUUCCACCUGAUGACUUUGAAGACACUAUUGAUCAUGUUUCUCUUCCACGACGGUCUGGGGGAUUUGCUGAUUUGCUAAAUUUCGGUCGGAGUGAAUUUGACAAAAUAACUCGAAAGAAUGCAGAAUAUGUUUUCUGUGUCUUCUGCAAUCUAAGGUAUCGAUCAAGCAUCGAAUGGUGGUCAUCACUUAGAUGCAUGAAACUCUAUAUUUCAUCUUUUCUUUUUUACUUAAUACAAACACUUGUCACAAUUUCAAACUUCACUUGACCAGUUACAAAUUAGACGCUAUUGCUGUUAUCAAUUUUAAGUCAGC